AUGGAUGAGAGUAACAUACCCAUUGACAUCAAUAUAGGAAAACUGCAAGACUGGCUUGUAAGUCGUCGACAUGUAAAUAAAGAAUGGCAGAAGAAUAUUAUUGCAGUGAGGGAGAAAAUAAAUAAUGCAAUACAGGACAUGCCGGUACAUAAUGACAUUGCUGCCCUGUUAUCCGGCAGCUACAUAAACUAUUUUCAUUGUCUUAAAAUAAUUGAGAUUCUGAAAGAAACUGAAGCAGAUACUAAAAAUUUGUUUGGGAGAUAUGGCUCUCAGAGAAUGAAGGACUGGUUAGAUAUUGCAAGGGCUUAUGAGAAAGAAAACUUGUAUUUGGCAGAAGCAGCACAAAUGCUCGUGAGGAACAUAAACUAUGAAGUCCCCAGUUUAAAGAAGCAAAUUGCAAAGGAGGAACAAUUACAAUUGGAUUGUGACAAGAAGCACAUGGAGUAUCUGAAAAGUGAGUCUUCAAGCAAAUCGGAAUUCUCAGCACUGUGCAAACAGCUGGGAAUUGAAGGGAAAAAAAUUAAAAAGGAAUUAGUUGAAAGGUUAAAGGAGCUCCCUGAAAUUUAUGAUAAGAUCGGUAACUCACUCAAGCCGCUACUCCCCGCGAUAGAAUUGUACUCGGCGUUCUCGAAGUAUGUGAUUGGUGAAGAAGCUCCUAAGGUGUUGCCAUUAUUGCAAUACAUGGUCGAGCACGGCAACACGACAGUAUACGAGUGGACCUACGGGGAACCACCGCUCAGCGUGGAGCCCGACCCUAUACACAUUGAGGUCGAAACGGACACUCAAGGAGCGGGUGAUCAAAUAGAUUUUGGCGACAAUGCAAUCGAUUUCGGCUCGAUCGACGCGUCGGCCGCCAUUGACUUUGGCGACGGCGAUACGGCCGCGGAGAUCGACUGGGGAGCUGUCGACGCCGCGCCGAUAGAUGUCGACAUAUCGGCUGAUGUUGCCGGAAUAUCCCUAGAGGAGUCCGGUAUCGUGGUGGAAGAGCAAGGUCUGGGUGGGGGGGUGGCUACCGGUAGAGAGGCGCUAACGCUCCUUGACAACCCACUCACCAGGAAUCAGCUCGUGGAACAAUUACUCGAGCUGGAGUCGUUCCUCAAGAUGCGCAUGUACGAGACGGCCACCGCGGAGAGCCAGACCUUCAGCCUGAUGCAGGAGCUGCCCUCCGAGAGCGAGUCCUCGCUGGCGGCCAUGCUGGCCACGGUGCAGGCGGCGGCCGCGUCCCUCACCGCGCCCGAGGUGCUUCACCUGCACAACGUGAAGCACUCGCCCAGGUACGUGGACGUGCUGAGCGCGCAGCUCGAGCAGCGGCUGGCGGUGUGCGGCAAGGCGGCGCGCCUGGCGGCCCGCGAGGCGGAGAGGCGCGAGGCGGCGGAGGCGCGCGCGGCAGAGGCGCGCCCCCGCCUCCAGCGCCUCCUGCGCGCCACCGGCGACCUCCAGGCGCAGAUCGAGGCGGAUAUUUCUAAGAAGUACAAGGGGAGGCCGGUGAAUGUCAUAGGUGGUGUCAAAUUCUUGCAG